AUGCUUAAAAAGUGGAAUGAAACAAAGAACCUCAAUAACAAACCAAAAUCAGGCUAUAAGCGCAUUACAAGCAAAAGACAGGAUGAAAAAAUAAGGAAUAUGGCUGAAAAAAAUUUUGAAAUAACAGCCGCUGAAAUAAAGUUGAAAAUGGAAAAAUGUAAUGUCAAAGUGAACAAGAAUACAAUCCGGUAUCAUUUGCAUGAAGGGGGUGCUCG